UAGUUAGUUACUUACUUACUUACUUACUUACUUACUUACUUACUUACUUCAGUUCGCGCGAAAGGGGAGCCACGAAUGAACUGAUGACCACCGCACAGAAAUUAAUCUGAAAAAUCGAAAUAUUAGAAAAAUCGUCUCGCUUCGGCUAAGUUACAGAAAUGCUUUUUCGCUCCAUUGUUGACAGAGGAGUCUGUGAACAGAGGUGCAAUGACCUCAGCCCAAAAUACAAUUUGUACUCUCUGCUGGACGGCUACCAGUGUGCCCGUCAUGAUGAACACAUCUCAUACGGGAAUCUGGGGGUCGCCUUCUCUACAGCCCCGGGGCUGCAGGGCGUCCUUGCGGUGGCCAGUGAUGGGGGAGUCCUGAGGCUGUACAACACAGAGAACCGACAGAGUCCACUUCUGAAAGAAUGGUCGGCACAUGAUAGUGCUAUCUUUGACCUUGCUUGGGUGCCAGGGGAGGCUAGCUUGGUGACCGUGUCAGGUGAUCAGAUGGCCAAGCUGUGGGAUGUGACAUCAGGGGAGCUCCUUGGUAGCUUCAAGGGGCACCAGUGCAGCCUCAAGUCUGUUGCAUUCACACAGCAGGAGAAAGCUGUGUUCUGUACUGGGGGCCGAGAUGGGAAUAUUAUGGUCUGGGACACAAGGUGCAGCAAAAGAGACGGCUUCUAUAGGCAGGUAAAGCAGAUCAGUGGGGCUCACAAUAAGAUGGAUAGAAACACACCCUCUAAGACGAAGAAGAAACGCCCCGGCACACGCGGCAUGGACCCCUCUGUGGACUCCCAGCAGAGUGUCACGGUGGUUCUGUUCCAGGAUGAACACACACUCAUCUCCUCAGGUGCUGUUGAUGGGAUAAUCAAGAUGUGGGACCUCCGGAAAAACUACACAGCAUACCACCAUGACCCCAUCCCCCUCCAGGCAUACCCGUACCCAGGGACUAGCACACGGAAGCUAGGUUACUCAGGGCUGGUGUUGGACUCCACUGGCUCCAACCUGUUCUCCAACUGCACUGACAACAACAUCUACAUGUUCAAUGUCAGCGGGCUGAAAACCACUCCAGUGGCAGUCUUCGGUGGUCACCUCAACUCCUCGUUUUACGUGAAGUCCACUGUUAGCCCCGACAACCAGUUCCUGGCUAGUGGCUCAAGUGACCAUCAUGCGUACAUCUGGAAGAUCUCCGACACAAAACAGCCUCCCAUGAUGCUUCAGGGCCACAGCCAGCAAGUGACCUCCAUAGCAUGGUGCCCCACAGAUUUCACGAAGAUUGCUUCCUGCUCUGAUGACAACACCGUACGGAUCUGGCGUCUGGACCGGGGUACGGAUGGAGCAAAGUCUUCUGUCGGAGAGGCCAAUCUGGUGGGCUGGGCAUGUUCUAAACCUGCCACCACCAUGCACAGUCCAAUGCCUUUGAACCAGGCGGAGUGCACCCCAGCCAAGAGUCCCCGGCCAAGGCGUCUGGGGGCCCUGGCCUCCCCCCAGCCUGCCGCCUGCGCUCCCAGAGGAGCAGACCUGCCUCUCGCCUCCAGCACCACCGCCGCCUCCCCCCUUCAGGCCCAGGGCGCCAGGGCCCCCCUCAUACGUCAGAAAACGCUCUCCAUCAGGAACUGGUUUGCCCGGACUCCCGGGGAACAGAUCACCCCUCCUCUCCGCAAGGUGCUUAGUCCCUGUCCCGUCCCUACCCUUUCCUCGGAGAGGACGGCCGAGUGCCGGCUGGAGAUUGGUGACAGUGGGGCGGCAGGGGGCUGUGAAGGUUCAGGGGAGUGUGACUGCAUCACAGGGCUCUACCCCGCAGCCAAGAGGAGCCGGGGACUAGCAGGAGUGUGCUGCCCUAGCCAGGAGCCACCUCAUGCGGGCACAGAGAGGAGCGAGGCCUGGGGAAAAGCAGACCUCCAGGUGGAGGACCAGAGGCCUGUCCCAGCCACACAGGCAGACAAGGAGAACAGCUCUCCAGAAGGGGCAGACUGGUUGUCAGCAAUGAGCCAGAAGCUGAGGAAAGGUUUGGGAAAACCCAGAAGCACCAGUGCCCCCAAGAGGCAAGAUGGCAGGAUACCGACCUCACCGGCAAUGUCCUCUCCCUCCUGGGCAAUGCGCUCACCGAAAUCCAUUAAGAAAAUAUCUUCCUCGUUCCAGCGAAGGAAUCGGGAGUGAUCAGCUUGGAAUGAAAUGGUUUUCUCAGUGCUGAUUCAGAGAGACAAUAUUUAGAUUUGUAACAAAAAAUAUAUUUCCUAUAUAUGUAUUUUAAUUUGGAUCACUGUUCAACAUAGAGAAAUAUUUUUAAAGAUAUGAGGGUUGAUUCUUAACCUUAAUAUACCCAAUAUUGCACCCAUUUUUGAGGAUCAUUACAAUGAGUUGUCCACUCAACAUAGAAGACAAACAUACAAGAGAUUCCUGUUCUCACGUCUUUAUUUUGUACAUUAACUUUGUAUACAAUGAUCUGCUUCCCCUCCACCAAUCCUAACCUUAACCAUUAAAUGAGUCUAGGGGCAACUUCACCCUACACCAUUCAUGUCUGCACAAGUUUGAAUUCCAGUCUUAGUUCCCCAUUCUGAAUAAUUAGCUGUGUCACUACCAUAUCACACUAUAAGUCAUGAGUAUUCACAAAGGCCAUGAGACUAAAAUUACCAUUAGUAAAGUUUAAUGUCAGAUUUCCCUACAAAAUAUUUAGAUGAUAAUGCAGAAAGCAAGUCCCUAGACAUGACAAUACUUAUAAAAGUACAUUAAAACUAAACUUUGGGUGAGUUAGUAGUGUUGUUAGUACUACAUUAUAACAGUUCACAGCCCAUGCAAUGCUGUUCAAAGGUUUCUGACACUGGUCUCCAACCUGUUUUUCCAGUAUACUUUCCACUUCUGUUGUUGUAACUUGACAUGUGUUUGCACUGUGUUAAUCCUGUCUUCACAUACACCAUGAUAAUUUUUACUGAAAGGAGACUAAGAAUGCAUGAUAGUUUGUAGUCCUGUCAACCUGCAACAUUCUUUUGUGUCUGUCUGAAACAUGGAUGUCUGGUGUCUGAGCUAGUGCCUCCAUCAUGAGAACAUUUUCUUCUGCUCUCUGCAUGUGAUCACAUGUGCAAAGGUUAGCAUGCUACUAGUGCUGGGGGCUUACAUUCAGAGGAUCACAUGAUUGUGGGGUCAAACAAUAUUUUUAACCUCACACCACACUGUUGGAUCUCUGCUGCAAAUAUAGGUGACAUUAAUUGGAUGUUAGUGUAUCAUCCUGAUGGAUAAAUAUAGUAAGUGAUGUAAUUGCAACCUAUGCCUGGCCUCAAAAGAAGCACUCGCCUGAAAUGACAAUGUUGACAAUUUUUGUUUAUAUGGACACAGUAUC